AUGCCUCUCCACUUGCUAGGCAAAAAGUCUUGGAACGUCUACAACCUCGAGAAUGUCGCCCGAGUCCAACGCGACGAGGCACAGGCGAAAGCUCGCGAAGAGGAGGAUGAACGCCUCAUGCAAGAGAUCGAUGCCGAGCGCAGGAUAAAAAUACUCCGGGGCGAACGUCCACCGACACCACCAGCCCCCUUCCGUCCAUCAUCCGAGUCAGCGACUCGACCAGACCGGAAAGCCGGUGACGAUACUGGGCAUCUCCGCAAGAGGAGGCGCAUAGCCGGUGAAGACGAUACGGACCGAGACAUACGAUAUGCCAGAGAGGAUGCGGCGCAUGCGAUUGCCAAGCAGGAAGAGCUUGCGCUUACUUCUCGGAAGUCUGACAAGACCGCACAGGCACCAAUUCUCGAUGCCGCGGGCCAUAUUAACCUAUUCCCAGCUGCAAGUGCCAAAUCAGAGAAGAACCCAGAGGCCGAGGCUGAAAAUGCACGUAAGAAACGAAGCUACGAAGAUCAAUACACCAUGCGAUUCUCCAACGCAGCAGGUUUCAAAGAGACAAUUGGUCAGAAGCCGUGGUAUUCAUCUGGUGGCCAGGAUGCGAUAGCCCCUGAGGCUAUGCCCGAGAAGAAUGUGUGGGGCAAUGAGGAUCCGAGGCGCAAGGAGAGGGAGCGAGCUCGUAUGGAUGUCAAUGAUCCACUCGCUGCCAUGAAGCGCGGUGUUCGGCAGCUGAAAUCCACGGAGCAGGAACGCAAACGAUGGAAUGACAAUAAGCGAAAGGAAAUUGAAUCACUUAUGGCCGAUGAGAUACACCAGUCUAGGCACCGGCGGAAGCGAUCAACAUCAGUGGACAGCCUUGAGGGGUUCAAACUUGAUGCGCCUGACAAGGCAUCCGAGAAAGGAAGAAGCUCCCACCGGCAUCACCGUCGCCAUCGAGAUUCAAGUCGGAAUCGAAGUCGAGAUCGCUCGCCUCGUCGUUCUUCUCAUCGCCGCUCUUCACAUCGCAGCCAUCGUGAUCGUCAUGACGAUGUCCGUGCGGCUUCCAGGCAUUCGAGGAAGUUAGAAUCAAAAAAUCAUUCCUAG